AUGAACACACCGCCUAUGGGUCCAGAGCAGCAGCUCACUCCAAAAAUGUCACCAAUCAUGAUGCAUCUGGAUGAUAAUCUGUCGUCUUUGUCGAACCCGUCCUUCAUGCAUCUCGAUGACGCACACAACAAAAAGACAGGUGGUUACUCUGCCAUGUACCGUACGUCGCUGUCCAAGCUCACUGAACGUGGCCGUCAGGGUCGAGGUAGAAGUGCAGAUCCCAAAACUCCAACCAAAAUAUUACGCUCAAAUUCUCCUAUACGUGCCCUGCUUGGAAAUGCGCCCAAAAUGCUGAAGCCCGAGUACAUGGGUGUGUCAAGACUUCUCAAUAACUCUAAGGGAGCAUCAAGUGGGCCAAUAACGACACCCUCUAUGAUUUUGACUAACUCAAAACUGCUAUUCCAUCAAGUUCCUUUGUCGCACCAAGAACAACAACAACAGCAGCAAAAGCAGCAGCAUCCAGCAGAGGUAUCACAGCACGAACAGAGUCAACAGGCAAGUUCAGAUGAGGUCGAACAAACCUUAGAAUCACCUUUCGAGCCAUUGUUUUUACCUCAAAAAGUACCCGAAAAAGCACAUUCCAGAGAGAUUUCCAGUACAUGUUCCCUGAAAAGUACAGUAACCGCUUACGAGCCCGAGCCCAGAACUGAAAGUCAGCUACAAAAAAACACAGCACCAAAACUUUCCCCAGAUGCGAAACGCUCAGAGCAACCAGCUAAAGCAGCGAACUACAGAUUUCCAUCUGCAACUUCUACGGCCUCAUCCGGCUCGACGCUGGAUAACAAGGAAUAUCACGAGAGUCUCAAUUUCGAAGUGCCAUCAUUGGACAAAGACGAAUUCAUGUUGGCUACUCAAAGCAAAAGAAGUUCGUAUAUUUCGAGCGUAGGAUCGACCAAUGACGACGAUUUGAACGGAUGGUUUGCGCAGUACACAGACGAGAGGCAAGUCGCAACUUUGAAUAUCAGCGACGCACAAAACAAUAGACAGCAGGUUGACACUUUGAGAGAAAGGUCGUUUCAAACUGAACACUUUUCGCUCAAAGUAAAGCAACUGGAAUUGAGCAUAGCGGAGCUGCGUCUCCAGAAUGAACAAUUAAGACACACAAUGACCACUCACCGCACGGUCCAAGACAGAUACAUGUUUGAUGCUCUGCAUGACGUUCAGCGGGAGAAGGAAAACAGCUAUAAAGAAAUGAACCGUAAGAUGAGGCAGCUGGAAAAACAGAUAGACAACUACAAGCGCGUUGUUCAAAAAUUAACCGCUCCCGUGAACAUGUCUCCUGCCGUCAAGCCUAGAAUCCCCCUGGUGGAUGCACUUACGCUUGACGAGCUGUCAGAGGCCAAUUCCUCGAGCGGUGAUGAGACAGAGAGCGAAGUACCUGAGAAAAACGAAAACGAUAACGAUCACAGACUGGGCAAGACUACAACCAUAACGCUAACAUCUAAUGACGAAACUAGUCCGCAAAUGCCGGAGUCCCCUCGCAAGAGACUUGCUGGGAUCAAGCUCGGGCUAACUUUUGAGAAGUGA